AUGGAAUCAUUAGAUUUUUCUAUGAAGAUUUGUAGAAGAAUUGGUCUUUCAGGAGUAAAAUAUUGGAGAUGUGGUUUAGUUUCAGUCAGCUUGAAAAAUGUUUUUGUGGGAGUGGAUGAUGCCAUACGUGUGUAUGAAAAGUCAUAUUCAGAGGGCUUAGUUGAAAAUUUAUUCCGGGAGCUUAAAUGUCAAAUAGAACCACAGUCAGUUAUUCGUGGAGAAAUAGACAUUAUGACGCCUCUAUCAUUUAAUUCUAUUAAGGUAGGAUAUAUUGGUGAUGAGGAGGUUCUUGUUUGCUGCACGGAUUCUGGGUUUGUUAAUGUAUGGUUUACGGAAGAUUUAUUACGACCACCUUUGAUCUUUAAUACUGGAAGAAGUGCAUGGGGAAUUGCUAUACACCCAUCUAAAAGGCUUUUAGCAAUAAGUUCUAAUUCUCAUUAUAUUUCUUUAUGGAAUCUUGGAGUUUUAAAUCCAUUUAAAGAAUGGAAUACAGAUAAUGUUGAAUGGCCUCAUAAGUUUUAUGGCCAUAACGAUAAUAUACCAAGUAUUUGUUUUAAUAAGAGUGGUACUAUUCUUUCAAGUGUUGGCAUUGAUGCGACAUGUAGACUUUGGGAUGUUAUAUCAGGUUCAUUACUUCAUGUUUAUAUAGAUUCUGACAGGGGGUGGUUUAUUGGUUUUAUUGAUUCAAUGGCGUUUAAAGUUUUGAAACGUGCAGAUUUAUCAGAAAAACAAUUAAAUUUUGAUUCAGAACAAGUAAAUACAACUUCUAUGAACAAAAAUAAUACAAAGGAGACAGAUUUAUUGCAUAUGAUUGAAGAUUGUUCACGUUUAGAUGAUAAAAAAGAAAAGACUUUACAUGAUUCAGAUACGGAUGAUUCUUUGGAAGCGCAGAAUGCUUUUUAUACUAAUGUUAGCAUUCGGGAAUUAUUUAAACAAAGUAAUCAUAUUAGUUCAGAUUCUUUAGACUCUUCCUUUGAAAAGCAUGAUGAUUUUUUUUCAUGUUAUACUUCAAUAAAUUAUAAUGAAUUGCUUUUUUAUGGAACAGAAAAAAGUAUAAAAGUAUGUUGCAUUAGGGAAGCACUGCCAGGGAUUCAAUUGUUGGCAGAAUGCAGGGAUAUUUUUGAUAAUAAUGAGGUCAUUGAGAGUAUUUUAAGAUAUAUGGAUAGAAUUAACAUGGUGGAGUUUAUUCCUGAUUUAUCCCUUUGUAUUGUAGCAUCGCAGAAAGGCAAGGCAUGCUUAAUGCAUAUGGCAAAAAGUGUAGUCAAGUGUAAAGAUGGCACUAUUUUAUCAAGUUACACAGUAAUUGCUGAUCAACAGUUUCCGGAAGACCCGCCUUUAUGUGGAUUGCUUGGAAUGACGGUAGAAAAGGUUUUUUUGAGACGCUAUAAAAUUUAUGUAAGAUGA